CAAUGACGCGGUCCCAGGACUUCUGUAAAAGGCCUGGGGGAUCUUAACUAUAGUCUAUAUAAGACAGGGUCUCUGCCCAAGCAAACCACCUAAGAGGAGAGAGACCUUUCUGCCUAUUCCUCUCAGCUUUGGAAAACAGCCGUCAAGCUUGGACAUGGCUCUAGCUGGUAUUCUGAGCGAUGCUGAAAUUGCAGCUGGCCUGGCAAGUUGCAAAGACGCCGAGACCUUCAGCUGCAAGACCUUCUUUGCCAAAGCAGGUCUCCACGGCAAAUCUAAGGAGCAGCUGACGAAAGUCUUUGCAAUCCUCGACCAGGACAAGAGUGGAUACAUUGAGAGAGAGGAACUGCAGAAAUUCCUCCAGAAUUUUGCUGCAUCUGCCAGACUUCUGACUGACAAGGAGACCAAGGCUUUCCUGGACGCAGGUGACACUGAUGGAGACGGCAAAAUUGGAGUUGACGAGUUCAUAGCCCUGGUUAGUGCUUAAAGUGAUCAAGAGGAAGACCAAGCUCAUUGUAUUGUAAAACACUCUUUCUUACUGCAAAGUUGACUAUUUAUUUAUACCUUUUUUUACAGUGAAACAGCAUUAACAGUUGCCAGUAUCUUGUUUCUUAUUGUUGGAGAACUGUGUUAACUCACAAAACCCCCCACUGUUUGAUCUCUAUUGCUGUCUAGUGUUGUUAAAUCCGUUAACGAAAAAGGGGCUCAACACCUGAGACAAAGCUGGAACCUUUUGGAGCGGUACUUCGAACUUUGACGUUUCAUUUUCGGUAGGCGCUGUUAUUAGGAAAACUCGGUCAAAGUGAGAUUUCAAAAGAGAUCUCCGAAUCAAAGGUUAGCCGAUACAAAAGGACAGAGGAUAAGAAAAAUCACAUCAGGUUUUUUUGUUGUUGUUGAAACAAGUAUGUUUAAAGGGAAUGCUUAAACUGGUCUUUGCCUUACAUAACCAGCUUCAUCAAAUGCCUUGCUGUACAAACACUGGUGGAAUUGUUCAUUCAUACCUAUAAAGUGACUUCAUCUUUCACAA